AUGGCAACCCUCAUGAUCUUCUCGGAUCGCACAGAGAUAUAUUUAGAUUCCAAAUCCAGGGACAAACAUGAACUUUCUGUCAAAGUCUGCAGUACCAGUCAGGUGUACGAUCCGUAUAUUGACCAGUGUCGUGAUUUGACGUGCCCCGGUGGCUUUUCAGAGAACGGCGUAAAUUGUGUCCAAGUUCAAACCAGUGCAGUCGCUGACGUUGAGAUCAAACUGACGGUAACUGGCAGUCUCCAAAAACUAGUAGGACUGUCAGACACGGAUUGGGAAACGGUCGUACAUCAAUCUGUAGACGAUUUCCUGUCAAUUGUUCUCUUGGCAACCAAAGAGGGAAACGGCCUGACCAGAAACAGUGCAAAAAUAUUUUGCAAUGACCUUAAGGUAACUUGGGUUUGUUCAUCAGUCGAGCCGAGGGCAACACCUUGGUUGACGUGCGAACAGCACAACCCCUCACAGUGUUCCGUUAACAUAUCACUUGACUGUGAUGCGUCACCUACACAUCAACUGAUUAACUUCAACCACGUGGUUCAGGAUGUAUGUUUCAAAAAGGGGGGUCUUUGGAAUAGUUACUACCAUCUAGACGCCUUCACGGUUACACCGAACUGUAGUUUGCAAUCAGACGAGUCCCGAAACCAGACGAACUCAUCUGAGCACAGAUCGACCAAGUUUCUUGCAAAGGCCAUGAUCUGGGACGCGACCUUGGGUGCAUUCAAGUCAACAAACCUAACUAAACACUGUGAUGAAUUGAACCCCGACUGCCCACUGCUCACAUUCUCCAAGACAGACUACGUCUUCACUGGCGCCUUCAAUGAGUCUAUUAAGUUAAUCGGUUAUAAUAACACCAUCUUCCUUAACGGCCAGUAUAAGAUAUCGGAUAAUGGAUCUCUUCAAGUUUGCAGUUUCUUGGCGAGAACAGCGCCCUCUUCUGGUGAUCUGGACGAAUUGCUUCAACUUAUCCUAACAGUUGCAGGGAGCAGUGUGUCCAUGGUCGGUCUGACGGUCACAAUAGCCACGUAUGUUGCAUUUCCAGCUCUCCGUCGUAACGUGGCUGACAAAUCUCUAAUGAGUCUGGUAGCUGCUCUCUUCUUUGCACAGGCAACGAUGCUUAUAGGGUUCAACAUGAAUGACAUCCAAGAGUUGUGCAGCGGCUUUGCGAUCGCUAGUCACUUCUUCUGGCUCUCGGCGUUCUUUUGGAUGAAUCUACUCGCCAUUGAGAUCUACCGCACCUUCGGGGUCGGCACCAGACUAAAGCACGUCAGCACGUACAACCGAUCUGUCUUAUGUCACGCCCUCUACGGCUGGGGUUCACCGUCAGUGAUCGUCUGCGUGUGCGUGAUUCUGAGCUACUGCAACUGUGUGGAUGUGGACGUACACUACGGCGAUAGCGAGGUUUGUUGGCUAGGUGGAGGGACGGCAAACUUGGUGGCUUUCGGGGUGCCGGUGGCCCUGAUUAUUGGCACCAAUGCAGUACUGUUUGCAUUGACCAUAAUUGGGAUCAGGAUAACCAUGCGUGCCUCGGGUAAGAUGAACGUCACGCAAGGACAAAAGCGCUCGGUGAAGCGGGCAAACACCGACCUGUUCCUGUAUUUGAAGCUAUCAGCCAUUAUGGGCUUCACUUGGAUUUUUGGCUUCAUCGCGUCCCUAUUCAACCUCCCAGCCUUUUGGUAUCCAUACAUAAUCCUCAACUCACUCCAGGGGGCGCUCGUCUGCCUCGCCUUUGUUUGCAACAGGCGCGUCAUCGCCAUGUGGAAGACCAAGCUGGGAAUGCACUUGCUUAGACAUGCCCGUAAUGAACAUCCAUCUAGCCCCAAAGCUCAGAAGAAGCCAAAUCGGGAAGCGGUCACCCUGUCAGAAAAGAUCGCUGAGGAAAGCAGUAACAGCAUCAAUAUGACUAAAAUGUAA